AAACUUCCGUAUUGUGAAGUUGACGCAAAUCACUUUACUGCAUUUCGAUCGAGAGAUCAACAUGUUUAUCAAAAUGUGGAAUUUUCGCUUUAUUGUUACUGUUUGUGUAUUUUAUGAAAUCGGUGUUGUGGAUUCCUUGUCAGCGGGGUAUCUGGCUCUUGGAUCAAUUAAGGGUGGUCCUAAUAGCGCACAUUUUUUCGCACUACCGAUUGAGACGAAUUCUGGCAACACAUUAAUAGACACACCACGUCAACAGACAAUUACGUUCUCGAACGACUUAGAACAACCAAUGGCCAUUGAUGUCGACUACGCCCGAAAACUGAUCUACUUUUAUAACCGCUACACAGGGAAUAUUCAAAGGCUUAAUUUUUACCCCGAAAACGGUUUCCAAAAAGACACCGCAAUCAAUUUGCAUUCAGGACUUUCUAGGAGUAAUUUAAAGAUAGCUUUAGAUUGGAUUUCAAACAAUAUUUACUGGACAGAUCCUACGUACAAAUGGAUCGCAUUACAGUCUUUGCGCACUAAUGGAACUGAUGGACCUUAUCGAAUCCUGGUUUAUGAUAACGUCGAGAAGCCUACUGGAAUUGCUGUUGAUCCCAUUCACAAGUUUUUGUUUUGGAGCGACGUUGGAUCAUUGCCGAAGAUUGAGCGUUCCUCACUAUCUGGAACCGCCCGUAUAAUCAUAUUGUAUCAGGACAUAGUCUAUCCCACAGCCCUUGAUGUCGACAUUGCAUCAUCAAAGCUGUACUGGGUUGACUCUGUUCUCGACUCUGUGGAGCGAUCAAAUUUAGAUGGAACAGAACGAUCGACUGUCAAAAAAAUAUUGCACACUACCUUUUCCGAUAUACAAGUAUUUUUCGACGUUGUGUUUGCAACAGAUUUUGAUCCAAUCGUAGGAGGAAAAGUACGUCUUUUUAGCAAGGAUACUGGCAUUAACGACAAAAGCUGGCCUCUUGUUCGAUAUAACAACUCGAAAAUAACAUGCGUGGCUUUUUAUGCACCACAACCUACGAUAACAGAUCACUGUUCAAACAAUCCUUGUGAGAGUAUUUGUGUGAGCGAAACGACAGGACUCGUGUGUCUGUGUCGUGAGGGUUUUACGUUGAAUGCGGAUGGACGCACGUGUUCAGAGACUACAGGGUCCCUUCAUCGCGCCUUAAUCUGGGCUACACUAACCACAAUAUGUGCUGCUGAUGUAAGAGGGAUCCAUGACGAAAAGAAAUACAUAUCAAAGAACAAAACAUGUUUUCCGAAUGUUGGGUCAAACAUAAAUUGGAUUACAGUCGAUUCUCACGAUCGAGUGGUUAUAUUUGCGGACGGCAGUGACAUCUAUCAAAUGACAUUAGGUGGGGUUCACACGAAGCAACGUAUUACAUCAGCAACAGAAAACGUGACAGGUCUAGCAGUAGAUUGGGGAGACAAAAAUAUGUACUGGUGCCAAGGACAACAAUCUGGAACAGGGGAAAUAAAUGUUUUCUCUCAAACAACAUCCAACACAAAUACGCUAAUCUCAAGCGGGUUGAACAAUCCAAAGGCACUGAUAAUUCUUCCAUUGCUAAGACUUUAUUUUAUUGACGGAAACAGUUUCAAAUCAGUGCAGUUUGAUGGAACUAAACUGACAGAAAAUCACCUUCUUGUGGCUGACGCAGGCAUCAAUCUGGAUAUUUUGUCUCUGACAGAUUCAGAAAACACAACGUACACUCUUUUACCGCUUGUAGCAGUUACUGAUAUAAGUUUUGUUGAUAUCACCGAACAACCAGAAGAAUACGGGGCUUAUCGCGCACAUCCCGAAAGGCUGGUACUUGACUACAGUACGGGGAACAUUUAUUACACUGCUGUAGGAUCAAGUAUGUUGCCGUCAGGUUUCACUGGAAUCGGAGUUGUAACCCCCAAUGGUAUCCAUAGACGAUUGAUAUCGGAAGGUGUUGAACCGAGGGCAAUUGCUAUUGACCCUGUUAUGGGAUUUCUGUUUUGGACUGACAAGGGUACAAAACCUGCAGUAUUGAAGCGCGCUCAUACAGACGGCACCACAAUUGUAACACUGUAUACAGCAAUGGUUUUGCCGAACGGGAUCGCUAUUGACACAUCGGCGAGCGCAUUGUACGUUACCGAUGGCAAUAGAGACAUAAUCUACCGCUGUGGAUAUGAGGCAAACACGUGUGUUCAAUACUUUAGCGACAUUGGAGCUAAUCUCAUGGACAUUCAGCUCCUCGGCAACUAUCUCUAUUACAUUGCUUGGAAUAAAAUGUACAUAACUAAAAUGCAUAAAACAAACACAAAUGACACCGCUCAGUUCGCCAACAAUGCAAAACUCGGCAGAUUGGUUUCCAUUUCUUUGCACUCUACAGCUUUACUUCCAUCAAAUGCCAAGUCCCGUUGCACCAGUAACAACGGACGUGGAAACUGUAGCACGUUCUGUCACCCAACACCGAACAGCUUCAGCUGUGGAUGCGCUGACGGAGAGCAACUGCUUUCGGAUAGAAAAACAUGCCCUAGUGCUUUAAUAUCGACCCCAUCAUCCACAUCAUCAACACCUUGGGAAAAUAAAAGCAGCAAUGAAAUAACUUUCUCUUCCCAAAGCAUUUACAUCGGAGCCGGAGUUGGUGGAACCGUAGCUAUUGUCGUUAUUGGUGUUGCCAUCGUCUUCGUAUACAGAAAAUGCGGAAGAAAAACACAAACUGGUGCAAGGUUCCUACAUAAUCUCCCCGAUGACCAGGCAUUGUAUGCGAAUGAAGCUGUCAUCCUACAACAAGGCGAUAUCUGCAAAAAAACAUUUUCGGUGGCGGAAAAUCUCGAAGGCGCAGCUCAAUUUUAUGAAAAGGAACACAAAAACUGUGCACAACAGGCCGAAAACGAAAUAUACGACGAGAUUGAUCCUAUCGGUCUCUGACCAACCAAUGAUGCAUACUCUCCACCUUCUAAAUGUCAAAGAAGUGAG